AUGGCUCCUACUUCUGCCUAUUACUUUCACACUGGUGAGGCUGCUGCUCUAGGUGCUAGCGAGGCUGCUGCUCUAGGUGCUCGUGCGUCUACUCCCUCAGGUGCUGGUGAGUCUGCUCUCUCAGGUACUGCGUCGGCUUCGGCCUCCCACACCUUCACCCUUGACUCGGGGGCUUCUUGCUCCUUCUUUCGAGACCGCACCAUACUCACGCCGCUUGGCCGGCCAGUUGCAGUCUCUCUGGCAGACCCCUCCGGGGGUCCUGUCCUUUCUCACUUCUCCACCGUCCUCCCGUGUCCGGCGGCCCCCUCUGGCACCCUGUCUGGCCUUUACUUCCCCUCGUUCUCUACGAACUUGGUGAGUGGUGCGGACCUACAGGAUGCGGGGGUUCACCAGUUCACUCCUGCGAGUCAGCGUGUGACCCACUGCACGGACGCUCGGACAGGCCGACACUUGGCCACGUUUACACGUCGGCCGGGCCCUACCUGCGUCCCCUGUGUCGAGGGGUGGCAGCGGGCUGCCCCUCACUCCUCCCAGUUUCCUCUGACAAAGGCCCCGCUGCAGACGCUUCACAUGGACGUGUGGGGCCUGGCCCGCGUCCGUGGACAGGGUCACGAGCGCUACUUCCUGCUGGUGGUUGACGACUACCCGCGUUACACCACAGUCUUCCCCUUGCGCAGCAAGGGUGAUGACACUGAGACCUUCACGCUUCCGGACUCUCCACAGCAAAAUGGGAUUGCUGAGCGCCGCAUUGGCAUGGUCAUGGACGUCGCCAGUACGUCCAUGAUGCAUGCGGCUGCCCCCCAUUUUCUAUGGCCGUUUGCGGUUCGGUACGCGGCGCAUCAGAUCAUCCUUCACCCCAGGGUCUCCAUGCCGGAGACCUCCCCAGCUUUGCUGUGGACGGGGAAGGUUGGCGAUGCGUCUGCGUUCCGUGUCUGGGGAUCUCGGGCGUUUGUCCGCGACUUGUCUGCGGACAAGCUAUCCCCUCGUGCUGCUCCUUGCGUCUUCCUUGGCUUCCCCCCUGACGCGCCAGGGUGGCAGUUCUACCACCCCACCUCUCGCCGUGUUCUGUCCUCCCAGGACGUCACGUUUGACGAGUCGGUCCCCUACUACCGCCUCUUCCCCUACCGCACUCCGUCCCUCCCCCCGUCACCGCUCUUCCUUGUGCCAGGUCCCCCCCCGGUAGACCCCCUCCCCCCUCAGGGUCCUGCCCCUUCAGGUGUGUCCCAGGUAGACGCAGUCGAGCCUGUCGAGGUUACUGGUGACUCUGGUGCUGCUGAGGGUGCUGAGCCUGGGGGUGCUGACUCUGGAGGUGCUGAGCGUGUGGGUGCUACGCCUGGGGGUGCUGAGCCUGAGGGUGCUACUACUGGGGGUGCUGAGCCUGGGGGUGCUGAGCCUGGGGGUGCUACCACUGAGGGUGCUGAGCCUGGGGGUGCUGAGCCUGGGGGUGCUAUGCCUGGGGGUGCUGAGCCUGGGGGUGCUACGCCUGGAGGUGCUGAGCCUGGGGGUGCGGAGCCUGAGGGAGCUGGGCCUGCUCGUGUGGCGUCUGGCAGUGCUGGGCAUGGAGGUUCUCCGGGUGCUUCGUCUCGGCGGGAGCCACUCUCUCCACAGGAGCUGCGCGAGUGGUUUGCCCGGCGCUGGAGGCGUGCUGCUGGAGCUAGAGGUUCUUCGGCUGCUGAGGGUGCUGGUGCCGCGGGUCCCGCAGGUGCUCGUACUGGGAGUACUGGAGCUGCUGGGCCUGCGGGUAAGACUGGAGCUGGAGCUGCUGAGGGUGUUGGCGCUGAGGCUACUGCUGUCGGUCCUGGAGGAGGUCCUGCUGGGGGUGCUACUGGUGCUGCUGGAGGUACUGGAGCUCGAGGUGCUGCUGGCGCUGGUGCUGCCGCUGGGGGUACUGGUGCUGUCCUUGCUCGUCGUGAGCUUGCGUCUCGCCCUGAGUUGCCUGUCCGUGCUGCUCGCACUAGUGGUCGCGGUUCGCGUCAGCGUCCUCCUCCUGUCCCUGGCAUGCACCGGAUGUCUCUGCGUCCGUCCACUGCUCCUCUGCGUGCCCCUUUGCCUUCUCCUCAUGAGUCUUCUCUUCCUGCUCUUGCCGACCCGGAGUCGGAAUCUCUUCGUGCUGCCAGUCCUACUGUCACGCGUCUCCUUGCUACUGUCGUCACUGAGUCCACUGCUGCGUCUGCCCUAGUUGCUGAGCUCGUCGACUUUGCUGCUCGCUGUCGUCUAGACUACGCUGCUAGUCUUGUCGCUGAGUCCGAGUCUGUCUGUCCUCCGUCCGUCGGGGGUGAGUGUGCUCUUGGCACGGACGUCCUUGAGGACAGGCAAGAGGAGUUCCAGUCUAUGGAUGCAGAGAUGGCUUCCUGGAAGUCCAGAGGCACCUACGUUGACGCGGUUCCCCCACCUGGGGCGAACAUCGUCAGUGGCAUGUGGAUCUUCAGGGUGAAGCGGCCGCCAGGUUCUCCACCUGUCUUUAAGGCGCGGUACGUAGCUCAUGGCUUCAGUCAGCGGCAGGGAGUUGACUACUUUCAGACCUUCUCUCCCACCCCGAAGAUGACCACUCUUCGGGUGCUGCUGCACAUAGCCGCUCAGCGCGACUACGAGCUUCACUCUCUUGACUUCAGCACAGCUUUCCUGCAGGGCAGCCUGCACGAGGAGAUCUGGCUGCGCCGCCCACCUGGCUUCACUGGGUCGUUCCCUCCUGGUACCCAGUGGAGCCUCCGGCGGCAAGUCUACGGUCUCCGCCAGGCACCGCGUGAGUGGCACGACACACUGACGACUACACUUGCGGCUCUUGGGUUUGCUCCCUCCACUGCCAACCCGUCGCUGUUUCUGCGCACCGACACUUCUCUGCCGCCGUUCUACAUCCUCGUGUACGUCGACGACUUGGUCUUUGCCACAGCUGACACUGCUGGACUCGCCCACGUGAAGUCCGAGCUGCAGAAGAGACACACGUGCACAGACCUGGGUGAACUGCGCAGCUACCUUGGCUUGCAGAUCACCCGGGACAGAGCACGCCGCACCAUUACCCUGACUCAGUCACACAUGGUGUAG